CGAAACUGAUAGAGGAAAAAGAUGUUAUGGUAUGUUUAAAAAACUAUAUCGUAGCUUGUGCCCUGGCCUAUCGCUGUGUAAACGCUUUUAAGCAGAUAUAAGUAAGUAGGUUAGACUUGUUAUUGUAGAAUUCCGUUAUCUGAAGGCCACAGUCUAAGGAACAGCGGGUGAUGACAUAGAAAUGGCCUUCUAGCAAAACCGUAAGAUUAGUGCAGUUGAAACAAGCUGAAGCAAGAAAUGUGGGAAGACGUGCAGCAAACGUGAUUGGUCUACACAUAAUUCGCGGAUCUAACAAUUGGGGGCUCGUCCGGGAUCCCAACAUCUCAUCGCACUUUACGGUAAACCCACCAGACCAGUAGUUGUAUGCGUGAGUUGUCCGGGACAACCCGCUGCUGGGCGGACCUAGAACGAGAAGGAUCGGAAGGCCGUAUACAAGAAUUAUCUGUGAUAAUUCGCUCGCACACUCUACAGCCUCAAAUCGGUGAGGGUUCCCCUGAGAGAAAGCCGUCCUCGACGUACAAGUGGGGUGAGUUGUGAGAGCCGGUCUGGGGGCAAACCGGGAGAGUGGGUGAGUGACGGGACUACCCGAAACAAAUAUAUAUAUAUAUGCGAAUAACGAGUGUCUGAUUGAGAUAAGUCAAAUACAAUUAAACAUGGGCAAUGGAAAUGGUAAAGGGGGUUGUUGUACGUAUUGUAAGCGAGUAGAGGAAGUGGAAUUGUCUCCUAAUGGCCGACGUAUGGAGGCCGUAGUUACGGGGAGCGGGAAACCAGAAUUCAUGUGGAGAAGGAAGUUUGGAUUUGAUGGUAAAUUGAAGCCCGAAAGUACUAAAGAAUUAUUAGAUAAAUUGAAUGAAAAAUGUGGUGAUGAUAGCAAAAAAAUACCAUUAUUCUGAAGCCCAAGUCUGGCACUUACAGGUAACUGAGUAUCGUAAACGACUCAGUCAAGAAGGAAAAGCUAAAAAGAAAAAGGAAUCAGAGGGGCUGAUGUAUACAGGAAAGGAGGAUCUGGAGACACCUAAUAGGGGCCCUACGCCACCUCCAAAUCCCCCUGGGAAUAUACCUGACAUAUACCCUGAUCUCCAUGCACCAAACCUGUCCCAACUCUCACCCCCUCCUUACAUUGCCCCUCGUGGUGCCUCCGUUCCGGCGCUUAACCAAAGUUAUCCCCAGAGGAAGACUCCUUUAGAUAGUCCAACGACUCAGUGGGUAAAAGAGAAUUUUAGCAUGGAAUAUCCCCAAAUUGACGAUCUUGGAGAUGGUCUUGUCGCUCCAAUGAUCCAGGUGGCAGAUGGAAAGGGGGUUACCCAAUAUGUCUACAGAGCCUGGGGAAUGGAGGAUGUUAAACGGGCCAUGGCAGCAUGCCCGCAUCCUAGCCAAGGGGCAACUGAAUUUAGGGAUUUUAUUCACCAAGCCAUGGCCAGUUAUAGAUUGAAUAGUCUGGAAAUAGAGCAAUGCUUGAGGGAAGUAUUACGACAAGAAUGGUGCCAGGUGGGGGGGGAUUGGACCGCUUUGACUCAGGAGAGAGCCACCAGACCCUAUGUCGAUCCACCUGAGGCGGCAGAACGACCAGGGAAUAACUAUUGGGGCCCCCUAGAUGCACUUAUGGGAAGGAUUGCCACAUAUUAUAAGGCCAGGUGUAAUUACUCCGCUAUCACUGAUUGUGUCCAGGGUAAAGACGAGACGUGCAUGCAAUAUUACACCCGAUUGCGAAAAGUCUUUAACUCCAAUAGUGGAAUAGAGCCCCCCAACCCACACGAUGACAAUGGGGUAUGGGCUCAGCAAAUAAAAAAUGCAUAUUUGGCGGGAGCGGCGCCACAAAUAGCUAAGUUGGUUAAACAACACCUUAUCACUUGGAGCACGGGGGCACUCCAGCCUGUUUUGGAUCACGCGAUGCACUUUGAGCGAAUGUUACGUGAGGAAAAAAGACAAAGAAUGUCUCGAGAGAAUGGUCCCUCCACCUUCUCGAGUCAAGACUAGGGUGCAAGACCCAAAUGGCAAAAGAAAAGGGGGGACUGGAGAAGAUCAGAUCGAAAUAAUGCCUGUUAUGUUUGUGGGAAAACGGGGCAUUGGGCGAGGGAUUGCCCGAACCGGGCCCUAAACCCGAAAAACAAGCGGCAGAAGGACAACUAAUUCUACAUAGCUCAGAGGAAAUACAUAUAGAUUGCACGAUGGUCAAGGAUAUGCAAACUGAGUCUACGGCACUUGAAAAGCAGUGCUGGAAAAACCAGGGAUGUAAGAUGACAGACACAGGAAUCUGGGUUGGGCCCAAUGGAUUACCCGUGCUACCCAAAGCACUUUUCCUUAUUGCGGCAGAAUUGAGCCAUGGUAAAUGUCAUGUCUCAAAAGGGGGAAUGGUAUCGAUGAUAAAUGGUAGAUAUACAACCUUCGGAUUCUCAUCCUAUACAAAAUUUUUGUAAAAAGUGCCUCACAUGUCUACAAAACAACCCACAGGGAGGAGUAAAGUGCCCAAAAGGACAAAUACCGCCCCCCUCAGAGCCAUUUGCUCAUUGGAUGAUGGAUUUCAUUCACUUGACGCCAAGUGAGGGAAAGCAGCAUUGUUUGGUAAUGAUAUGCCCAUUCUCAGGGUGGGUGGAGGCAUUCCCCACCGCAAAAAUAGACGCACUAACGGUAGCAAAAAUAUUAUGCCGCGAGAUAAUACCGAGGUGGGGAAUACCUCAAGUCCUAUAUAGUGAUAAUGGACCCGAGUUUCGAAAUGCAGUCCUUGAUCACGUCGGAAAACAAUUAGGCAUAAAACUGAAAAAGCACUGCGCUUACCACCCUCAAUCGGCCGGAUUAGUGGAGAGACAUAACGGUACACUUAAGAAUAAAUUAAAAAAGGCAAUGCAGGAAACAGGCAAGGGAUGGGUAGCCUGCCUGCCAUUGGCACUUACUAGCAUGCGCAUUGUCCGAGGGAAUAAACCACUAUCACCAUUCGAGAUAGUACAGGGAAAAGCCUAUCGCAUUCCCCAGUUGGGAGACAACGAGAGGCAGUUAAAGGAAGCAUGGCUAGCCGACUACAUGCGAAACAUGCUAUCUAAUAAAAAAGAAAUGCUUAAUAUUCUACCCCCUCAGACUAUCACCGAGACAUCGUUGGUCCCCUCACUGCAACCGGGAGACUGGAUCCUGAUUAAAGACGUAAAAAGAAAGACCUGGCAUCACCCUAAAUGGUCCUCCUGACUACUCCCACCGCUGUUAAAAUUGCAGAAAGAACUACUUGGAUACAUUUGACACAUUGUAAAAAGGGUACUAUUUCUGAGAUGAUUCCUGCCACCACAUUUAUGAUGACUAGUGAGGACAACCUUAGCUUGCUUGAAGAAGGCACUGGAGGAUUGCAUGAUAUGCACCUGGGAAAACUUUUUCUGCAGAAUGAGUAAACUAUAAGCACCUGUGAUGUGUCUGAUCUAAAACCUGUAAUUGCAGAAGGAUCGGACUACUGAUGUUAUGCUUAAAGGUUGCAUGUAAUGCACAGAAAAAGGACAUAAAUAUCAGUUUAAAAUACCAUAAAAAGGAGGGAAUGAUAGAGGAAAAAGAUGUUAUGGUAUGUUUAAAAAACUAUAUCGUAGCUUGUGCCCUGGCCUAUCGCUGUGUAAACGCUUUUAAGCAGAUAUAAGUAAGUAGGUUAGACUUGUUAUUGUAGAAUUCCGUUAUCUGAAGGCCACAGUCUAAGAAACGGCGGGUGAUAACAUAGAAAUGGCCUUCUAGCAAAACCGUAAGAUUAGUGCAGUUGAAACAAGCUGAAGCAAGAAAUGUGGGAAAACGUGCAGCAAACGUGAUUGGUCUGUAAGGAAAAACACCCCUUCUGUGUAUUUUUGUGUAUUCCUGUAUAAAACUUAAUUGUACCGAUGAAGAGGAUCUUUUGUCUGACGGAGACAUUAGAUCCUAUUUGUAUACGGGAACAAUUGUGUGCUCCUGUAUACAAGUAGAAAUAAAAACCCAUUCUUUGUUUCUUAA